GAUCUGAAAUUCAUCAGAACUGUUUUAGGUGAGGAAGAUGAGCGGCGACGGUGGUGAUGGACAUUGGUGGUGGUGGGCCAUUGGAAGCUCCGCCCAGCUGGUGGCAGGAGUAGCUUCAUACCGUAGAGGCUUCGGUGGCGAUUCAUGCUUCAUGCCCUUCAAAGCCUUCGCUGUUGCUUCCCUCUUCGUCGGUUCCGGAGCCACUGCCUUCGCCGGAUUCCUCCAUGCCUCUGGCAUUCACAAGGUGGAAGAUCUGAAGAAAGUGGGGUCAAGCAUAAGGAAUGGCCUUGGCGUGCCUCCCAGACAGUCCUAAUUCCAAGCCAACGGAGCCAGAAAGCUCUCUGU